AUGCCAGGAAGCGGUGGUGGCCGUGCUGCUUGGGCUCAGCGCCAGGAGACAGCACGCAGCUGUGUCACCACCGGUGCUGAAGUGAGGGUCUGGGGCGGGUGCUGUCCUCAGCGCUCACUGCUGAAGGAAACCAUGAGUGACCAGGUUGAGGAGGUAGACCCCUUGGAAAUGGUAAUCGCAACAACUUCGCUCUUAGAACCUGAUGAACCUGAUGAAGCUGUUGAAGCUGAUGAAGCUGAUGAAGCUGAUGAAGCUGAUGAAGCAAGCCACGAGUGUCAUGAGUGCGGCAAACGGUUCACCAAAAAGAGUAACCUCAACAAACACAUCCGCAGACACACUGAGGAGAAGAACCAUGAGUGUGAAGUUUGUGGCAAGAAAUUCACCAUGAAGGAGACACUCAACAGACAUGCCGCCAUACACUCCGGGGAGAAGAGUCAUGUGUGCGAGGUGUGCGGCAGGAGGUUCACGGAAAGGGCCACCCUCAACAAGCACUUCCUCAUACACACCGGGGAGAAGAAUCACGAGUGUCACUUCUGCGGCAGAAGGUUUAGACUGAAGAACUUGCUUAACAGACACAUGCUCAGACACACCACGGAAAGAAUAAAUAGUUUUGAGUGUGAAGUUUGCGGGAAGGGAUUUUCGCAGAGGAGCACGCUGAACAAACACACUCUUAUCCACGGGGAAAAGACCCAUGAGUGUGAUGUUUGUGGGAAGAAAUUCACGGAGAAGGGCACACUUAAAACACACGUCCGCACACACACUGGGGAGAAGAAUCAUGAGUGUGGGAUUUGCGGGAAGCGAUUCAUAAGGCACAGCGCUCUCACAGGUCACAUGCAGAAGCACACCAGCGAGAAAAACCAUGAGUGUGAAAUAUGCGGCAAAACAUUCAUGCUCAAAGGUUACCUGAACUCACACAUCAAACGUCACACUAGGGAAGGGAAAUUCGAGUGUGAUGUGUGCGGAAAAAUCUUCACCGAGAAACGCCUCCUCAAAAACCACUCGAUUACACACACCGGCGAAAAAAAACAUGAAUGUGAAGUUUGUGGGAAGCGGUUCUCUGAGAAACGCUCCCUCACGAAACAUAGCCUCCUGCACGUUAGUAAGGAUGAUCAUAAGUGUGAAGUGUGUGGGGAGGGAUUUGCCGAGAAGAUCGCUUUGGACGAACACACCCUGGAACACAAUGAUGAGGAGGAGGACUUGACGCCGCGUGAGAGGAAGGAGGAACGCGCCAGUGAGAGACGUCCCAAGAUAUGCGUUAAAAGUCUUGCCAGGAAAAAAUCAACUCAAGGGGAACAUCCGCUGUGAUUAACCCGUAAAGGCCGAAGAUACCCUCCGCGUCUACCCCCCCACAGCCGCAUUGAUCGUCUUUAAAUCAACUCUUGCAGAAUGACCUGGAAGCAAUUUUAGCUGUCAGUAUACAUUUAAAUACAUCAGCAUGUGAAAUAUUUUUGCUUAGCUCCUCCUGGGUGCUUCAGAAUAAUCGCCAGUAGUUAGAGAUUGUGGUGGUGCGUGCAACCCUCCGAGCUGGGCUGGACUGCUGAGGUGCCAGACUCGGUCUGUUGUGCGCCCAGGGCCUUCUCCCGGUCUAUUUUGGGCCUGUUGGUUUGUUUUUGGACCCUCUGUGAUAGUGGGGCAGUCACUGUGUGAUUUUUUAUAAUAAAUAUUUACACAGUCUAUGGGACACUGAGGUAGGGUGUGUGGGGGAGGUGGUGAUGGUCUGGGGCGACAGUGUAGACAUAGGCCUACUUCUCAAGCCAAAUUAGCAGCGUUACCAAUGUUAGCGCAGUUUUGAUACGCGCGUAAAGUAGCUGUCCCAUAAGGGGUCUAUCGGCCUUCGGCGACGCGGCCCUAUAUGGGGCUUAUCGGCCUUCACGGGUUAAAAUUGCAUCUAUGGUCAUGAAUAACUUGUAUAUUGUAUAUAUUAGCACCUUUGUCAUCAUACGAAAAUUUCAAGCUGAUCAGAUGAAAUGAAAAAUAAAGAAAAAUAUUUUUUGUUGUUUUUAUGAAAAUUUUGAAUGAAUUUUUCUCAGCCAUUUUUUUACUGAGUUUCCUGUGACACGAACAUCUGAUAAUUCAUUGUUAUUCUUUAAAUUUGUCAAGAUGUUUUUUUGAAAACUUUUUGUUGGUCAGUAAAAAAAAAAAUUGUAAUUUUUGAAAUUUAUUUUGGAAAAGUUUUCCAUAUAUGGAAACUGCCAUUUUUCAAAAAAAUAUCUUGUCAAAUUUUAGUACGAUACAUGUUCUUAUAUGUCCUAAAGUUUCUUGAAAAUCUUGCAGACAAUAAAAGCAAAAAAUCAGUUUGUUCAUUUUGAAGUAGUUUUGAGAAAAACACAAUUAAAGCUUUGCUAAAGUUCUUGGGCCCAGUGUAGCUACUGUGUGUUGUCAAUGACACUUUCAUGUCAAUUUUAUGGGGUCAGUAAUCACACAUCAGUGAGUGCAUUAAAGGACCAGGCACCUUGCCCAGCCUUACAAAGGUAUUAAUCGCUCAAAGGCGAGGGUGCCAAGCACAUUCCACGUCGGUGCAGUGCAUCACUCAUUCCAAAGUGGUGGAUGCAUUUGUGUUAUCAUCGGUAGGUUUUAAGUUCCUUCCAUUGUUAUGAAUAGCAAAGGUUUAGUGAUGUGAAGAUUAAAGUUAAAGUUGAUCUUCAUGCAAUCACGAGCUAACAUUGUGCAGGUGCCACAUCCACGAUCACGAGUGGACAGACGGGAUGAAACAGACUAUAACACCUCAUCUCUUCA